AUGUCGCCGGUAAGAGGUGUGUGGAGUCCGGACAUCGAACAAAGCUUCCAAGAAGCUUUAGCCAUUUAUCCUCCAUGUGGAAGACGGAAAAUCAUCCUUUCUGACGAAGGAAAGAUGUAUGGAAGGAAUGAACUUAUCGCCCGCUACAUCAAACUUCGAACUGGGAAAACGCGCACACGAAAACAAGUUAGUUCACACAUUCAGGUACUCGCAAGGCGAAAAUUGCGCGAAAUCCAGGCAAAAUUAAAAGUGGACCAUGCGGCCAAGGAGAAGGCGCUGCAAACUAUGUCAAGCAUGUCAAGUGCGCAGAUCGUUUCUGCAACCACAAUGCACAGCAAGUCGCCAGGUCUUGGUCUAGGUUUAUCUCCUCCCGCAUCCUAUCCUGGAGCGCAGUUCUGGCAACCUGGCCUUCAACCCGGAACAUCACAAGAUGUUAAACCGUUUCAACAACCAGCAUAUCCUGGAAAACCUGCCACGGCGGUUUCGGCAGGUGAAGUCGGACCUCUUCAACCACCACCUCCACCUCCUUGGGAAGGUCGGGCCAUAGCAACGCAAAAAUUAAGGCUUGUCGAAUUUUCUGCGUUUAUGGAACAACACCGGGAUUCAGAUAACACGUACCACAAACACCUGUUUGUACACAUAGGAGGUACGACAACGUACGCUGAUCCCUUAUUAGAGGCCGUAGAUGUUCGACAAAUUUACGAUAAGUUCCCUGAGAAGAAAGGCGGCCUCAAAGAGUUGUACGAUAAAGGACCACAAUCUGCAUUCUUCUUAGUUAAAUUUUGGGCUGACCUUAAUACGAACAUUCAAGACGAAACAGGGGCUUUCUACGGUGUUACAAGCCAAUAUGAAAGUAAUGAAAAUAUGACAAUAACGUGUUCGACCAAAGUUUGUUCCUUUGGUAAGCAAGUUGUGGAAAAAGUUGAGACAGAAUAUGCGCGCUAUGAAAACGGACGGUUCGUGUACAGGAUACACCGCAGUCCCAUGUGCGAGUAUAUGAUCAACUUUAUCAAUAAACUGAAACACCUGCCUGAAAAAUACAUGAUGAAUAGUGUGCUGGAAAACUUCACCAUACUGCAGGUACAUCAGAAAAAAAAAAUAUUACGUACACAUUAUUGCAAUAUUUCCUGUAAAGUUAGUCUAAAAGGUGCUUUCUACUGGUAUUAAUUAUAAAUUACUUUAAAGUACAUAACACACCUGAAUGGUGCAAGAUUCCCCCUUUUUUUAUGAUAUACAAGCUUUUACUCGCAGCUUCGCUC